AUGGCCUCCACAUCUACAGCUCAGCCCAUACUUCUCCCGGGGCAGCCGCUCCCGCUCAAUUUGACACGGGCACCGCUGCCCCAGUGCGGAAAGGGGUGUUAUGAGGCGAACGGGCGGAUAUUGGCUAGUGUGAUUGGGAGACCGAGGAGGGACGGAGCGACGGUCAGUGUGAUAGGAAGGGAAGAGGCGGGUGUUGUACCCGAAAUAGGAACAACAGUAAUAGGAACAAUGACCCGCUUAACGCCCCAACAAGCGCACAUGACAAUCAGCAUAGUGGACGAUCGGCCGGUACAGGAGAGCGGGGCGGGCGAUGAGUUUGGAGGUGUGGUAAGAAUAGCAGAUAUCAGGUUGACAGAGAGGGAUAAGAUCAAAAUGGGGGAAUGUUUUCGGUUAGGCGAUGUUGUCAAGGCGAAGGUGUUAUCGCUAGGUGAUGCCCGGAGUUAUUAUCUCUCAACGGCGGCAAAUGAGCUGGGCGUAGUGUACGGGACUUCAGAAGCGGGGAAUGCGCUUUUGCCUGUGUCGUAUCAGGAGAUGGAGGAUGCUGUGACGGGGAGGGUGGAGAAGCGGAAAGUGGCCAAGCCGGAGGGUGUUUAG